GAUCUUCAGCACCCAAUCCCAUCUCUCUCUCUAUUCCCAAAAAAACCUAACCCUAAUUCCCAAUCUCCGAUGACCUAGAAACCUCCCACUUCACUCCGUUUCCGGCGAGUCCAGCUCCCCACCGCGCCGCCAAAUCAAGAGCCUAAAACCCUCCGCGACGAUGCCGCCGACGGCCGAUCUGGACCGUCAGAUCGAGCACCUGAUGCAGUGCAAACCUCUGACGGAGGCGGAGGUGAAGACGCUGUGCGAGCAAGCGAGGACGAUCCUCGUCGAGGAGUGGAAUGUGCAGCCGGUCAAGUGUCCGGUCACCGUCUGCGGCGACAUCCACGGCCAGUUUCACGACCUCGUUGAGCUCUUCCGGAUCGGCGGCAGCGCUCCCGAUACCAAUUACCUCUUCAUGGGCGACUAUGUAGAUAGAGGAUACUACUCGGUAGAGACGGUCACACUUCUAGUUGCCCUGAAAGUACGAUACAGAGAUAGAAUUACAAUUCUGAGAGGAAAUCAUGAGAGUCGGCAAAUUACUCAAGUGUAUGGGUUUUAUGAUGAAUGUUUGAGGAAAUAUGGAAAUGCUAAUGUCUGGAAGCAUUUUACUGACCUUUUUGAUUAUCUGCCACUGACAGCUUUGAUUGAGAGUCAGAUCUUCUGCUUGCAUGGUGGACUUUCCCCCUCCUUGGAUACCUUGGACAAUAUUCGGGCUCUUGAUCGUAUACAGGAGGUUCCUCAUGAGGGUCCAAUGUGUGAUCUAUUGUGGUCUGACCCAGACGAUCGAUGUGGUUGGGGAAUAUCUCCUCGAGGUGCUGGGUAUACUUUUGGUCAAGAUAUAGCAGCACAGUUUAACCAUACUAAUGGGCUCAGUCUUAUUUCUAGAGCUCACCAGCUUGUUAUGGAAGGCUACAAUUGGUGCCAGGAAAAGAAUGUUGUAACAGUAUUUAGUGCUCCAAAUUACUGCUAUCGAUGUGGAAAUAUGGCUGCAAUCCUUGAGAUUGGAGAGAAUAUGGAGCAGAAUUUCCUUCAAUUUGACCCAGCACCUCGUCAGGUUGAACCUGAUACAACACGAAGAACUCCCGACUAUUUUUUGUGAUCCGCAUAACUUACCACCAAUCAGCUAUUUUUCUUGUUCCUUGUCGUGCUUUUGUAGAUUUGUCUCACAAAGAAGAUGAGUUUUGAUGUUCAGUUGAGAAAAAGACAGAAAGAAACCAUAUCAUUCUUUUGGUUAGAGUUGUUCAUUUGCUUAAUUUAUGUGAUUUAUAGAAUGUUCUGGGUAACAAUUGCAUCUUGUACUGAAAUAGUUGACAAGGACGUAAACUACAAUGCAUCUUCUAAGAGCUGCAUUGUAUUUCA